ACUACAAAACAAAACGUUGAAGACAGAAACAAUAAAAUUACAGGUAACUUGACCGCUAGUUGUUAGCGCUAACUUUGAUGUUAGUAGUUUUAAUCUUAUUUAUUUUUUGCUGUGCUGUUAUUUGUCAACUACUUAGUCAGGCACCUGCUUAAUCAAAACAAAACAACAUCUAUUUCUGUUUAAGUCACUGUUGACAUUACCAUAUACUGUGAUGAGCUACUACAAGUUUCAACCCCAUCUGAAGGGUAAGUUGACGCACGCGCACAGGGCGGGCCGGCGAUGGCCUAUUGAGUACAAGUUGCCCACGAAAUUGACACCUACAUCGGUGUACCGUUUAUUUAGUUAUAUAAAAUACCAAGAUUCUAUAAGUAUUUGUCGUAUAAGAGAUAUGAAUGAGGACCACUUCGUUCUCUCUCGAGGUCCUGGCCCUGCUGUUCCUGACGUUGAUCCCUUGGCCGGGGCCGUCGGUCUUCAAGAUCACCUGCUCACGUGACAACUCCAAAAUUGUACGGAAGGUCAUCCAAAACAAAUGGCUCCCAGUUUUAGAGAGGUUUCAAGUAAAGCUGCCGCUGGAGUGCCCGUUCCACCCCGCACGAGAUAUAUUCGCGCCGCAGCACGACGCCAAAAUGCAGCACCGGCCCUCGCAGUGGACCUGCGCCUUCUGCGGCAAGUCCUUCUACGAGGAGCGCCACCUCGACACACAUUUCGACCAGCGACACAAGAACCAGAUUAACAGGGCGGAGGACGCAGUAUGCCUAGCGGAGUACUGCGAUAUAAUGCGGUGCCAAGUUUUGGUAGCGCAUGGGUUGCUAAACGGCGGUGGCGGGCCUAGCACGGAUAUGGAAGUGUGGCAAGACGCAGAAGCCGCGCGUAAGGCGCUAGCACCCGCUGCGCCGAGAUCCGUGGCUCGCGUGCCUGCACGACGACGCCGUCCGCGGGCCGUCCAGCCGCAGUCUGUGAGAGACUGCCCAUCGACUGAAGUUGAUCCUGAUAUUGUAGACCCAGAAGAGAAACGUACAGAGGACAGCGAAGGCGAUGCGAAUCAGACCUCUGAACUAUGCGAUGCUGAUACGGUGGAAUCUUCUCUGCCACCUGACAGCAGACAGCGGCGACUGGCCGACCUACAGGCGGAGCGUGCUGCCUGCGACCCCGCGCGUCUUCAGCUACUCAAAGUGCGCUGCGAGCGAGUGGUUCAUUCCUGCAUCGCCACUUUGUUGUUGCAUCUCACGCAACAUCAGUUCACAGAACUUGAAGACGAGAUGCAGCGCGCUGUAUGCUGGUACUUGAGCUGCGACCGCUACUGGGAGGACACGGCGCCCACCGCGCGCGCCUUCCCCUGGCCGCUGCUGCUGGCGCUAGCCACGGGGCUCGCGUUGGCGCUAUGCAUGUGCUAUUACAUCAUCUGGAUCGUGUUCGAUUCUGAGGAAGGCAGCGUGGCGGGCAGCGCGUCUGUGUCGAUGACGACCCACUCGUCGCCCGCGCGCGCCGAGCGCCUGGCCACCGAGGAGGCGCUGUUGGACGACCCCGACCACGACGACCACUACAUCUACGUCACCUACCCGCCCGAGCUCAAGCGACGCCUGCUCGAGAGCUGCUACAAUAGAACAACUCGCCUUUGAGACCCGACGUGUCCACCUUAUUUCGUCGUGCAUGCACCUUAUUUGUAUGAAGAAAGUAGAUUCUUAGUGUGUAGAUAAUUUUAGUAAUACUCAGGAAUUACCCAAUAACGUCACCCAUUAAUAACAUUAAAAAAAGUCCGGACACUCUCCAGAGUCUAUUAUCCGUAAACGCAAUUUGAUGUUAAAUUGCAGACUUAACUAGAUACAACUCUGCGUAUCCAACCAAUUUCAUGAAGACAUCGUAGAUUGUACGAAACCUACCUAGGUAUUAGGUACCUACUACGUUAUUUGAUCAAACCUACAUUGUGACUAGCUGACUGCCUAUUUAAAUUAUGUUUCAAAGAAUUUAUAGAUAAUAGAAGAGUGGCUUAGAUUUUUAUUUUAUAAAUAGCGCUUAGUUGUUGCCUUGUGUUUGUUAUAAGUUAUUUAGUGAAUAUUAAGUAAAUAUUAACCUAAUAUAAAUACACCGUGAGCAGAUGUGCCCACAUUAGUAUCUAUUACAUUGUUAUUUAGGUUUUUAAUUCACUUCUGGGACCUCAACAUUCGGAUUAUAAAAUAUUGUAAAUACCUUAUGUAACGCAUUGAAUAUGAAUAUUAAAUUGAAUUUCAAUAUGAUACGAUACACGUAUCGCUGACAAAAACAAUGUACCUACCUAUCUUAUAUAAUUUACGCUAUUAUAGUUAACGUACCUAUAGUUCAUAGUUUAAGUAAUACCAAAUUUAAAUACCAAAUUAUAUUUCGGUUUGAAUGUACAUAAAAAUACUCCAUUUUUCAACCCUAUUAUAACAAUGAGAAAUGUCUCAUACAUAGCUACGCUAUCAUAUCACCAAAAGUCGAUUUUUCAACAGUAGCUAAUUUAUUUGGCUAGGUAUUUAUAAAAUAUAGUGAUGUAACUGAAACCUUUAUACAAAUGCUUCUAAAAAUGAAGCUAAUUUACAUUACGUAAUUAUAACCAGAUUAUGUAAUAAAGAACAAAAACACUAAAAACUCGAAAUUAUUGAGAUUCGUCGAUUAUAGUUGUUGUGAAGAUACUUUGUUAACGUGUAGUUAUGCAUGCCGCAAACGAGAUACCAAUACGUGGGUUCCCAAAAAACAUGUUUACGAAUAAAUAGAAGUAUGAAAUAAUUACAAUAAAUAAUCAUGGAGCCAAUAUGGAGUGAGUCGCCUUACCGUGCGUACCGAUUGUGCGGUGUUCUAAAUAGUACCUUGCCUGCUAGUCGUAAGUUAAUAGUAAUAUAAAGUAUAAAACCUGCUGCAAAUUGUAAAUAAGCUAUAUUUUUUCCAAUUAUUGUAAUUAGAAUAUUGAUUACCAUACGAUUGAUAGAUCGAGCGACUCCUGGUAUUAGAAGUAUCCAAACGCUGCAAUAUAGGUAAGGCCAUGUUGUGAAGAGAAACUUAGUUUAUACUACUCGGGGUCAGAGCAACAGUGUGAGAAUUCUCCACAAGUGUUUUUCUUGCCCCAGAGUUUCUCUCACCUUAUCUAACCUUAACGAAAAUUUCGUUUAAUAACAUAACUUUAUUUAAUAAAAUGUCAUGAUGUAGCAACGUACUUACCUACUCCCAAUAUCUUAAUCAAGUAAACAUUUGUAGUAUUGUCAACGUGAAAAUAUGAUACCAUAUGGUCAGUUAAGUGUGUUCCUGCUGUCGCUGUUUAGAUUUAAAAUAUUUUACCGACAAACACUUUUGCUACAGUUAGGUACGAGGGGCGUUCAAUAAAAAGUGAGAAUGAGUAUGAUAUAUACAACUUUUAUUAAAUGUUAUUUUUAUUUUUCGAAUAGUCACCUCUUAGCAUAAUACACUGAGUAUAUAUUUUUUUCUAAACUUAAAAUUCCGUUUCUAAAAAAGGUUUCAUCUAGAGUACUUAAAAAAUCUUGUACUGCAGCGACUACCGCGUCGUCGUCUUCAAAUUUCUUGGCUCUUAGGUAUUCCUUCAAUCUCGGAAAUAGGUAGAAAUCACUAGGGGCGAGGUCUCGUGAAUACGGAGGAUGCUUAAGGAUUUCGAACCCAGCAUCACGAAUUGCAGCCAUUGCAACGGCGGACUUGUGCAUUGUCCUGAUAGAACAACACAAUUUUCGAGAGUUUACCUCGCCGUUUGUCACGGAUCUCAUUGCGCAAUGUUGCUAUUUCUUUGGCAUAUAAAGUGCCCGUAAUAGUGGCUCCAUGCUCGAGAUAACGACUAAAUCAUUACGACCCCUUUACCAUCCCAAAAAACAGAGCCUAUGACGUUACCGGAAGAUGGGCCCACCUUGAAUUUCUUCGGAGUUGGAGAUGAUGGCCUUUUCCAUGUCAUAGACUGCAGUUUCGUUUCAGAGUCGUAAUGAUGGAGCCAUGUCGAGUGUUAGAGUCGGCAACGAGCAUGUAACUCCUCUGGAAUUGCAAGCAUCCAUAGGCUACGGAGACUGCUUGCCAUCAGGCGGGCCGUAUGCUUGUUUGCCACCGACGUAGUUAAAAAAAAAAAAGUUUCGUCCAUUGUUAUAAAUCGCGCCAAAAAAAGUUCCCGGACUUGCUGUAUCAGGUCCAAAGCUUCUUGACAAAUCUAGACUCUAGUUUGUUUUUGCGUGUCAGUAAGUAUUCUGGGUACCCAAUGCGCAGAUACCUUUUUCAUACCCAAGCGUUCAUGUAAAAUAUUAUGCACGCUCCCCGUUGAAAUCUUUACAUUUUCAGCAAUAAAACGAACCGUGACACGACGAUCCGCCAAAACUAAGUUAUUGCCUUUUUUUCACAAUUUCUUCAGUUACUGCUGUAGUAGGGCGUCCAGAGCGGUGUUCAUCCAUGGUCGAUGUUCUUCCACGUCUGAUUCGGCGCACCAACGUGCGACUGUCGAAUACGGAGGAGCAUUAGACCUUAAAGUGUCCCGUAAAUGUAAAUUGACUUGGUCCGUAGAUUUUUUUUUUCAAACACAAGUAUUUGCAGUUUAAGGCACGCAGUUCAAUUUUCUCAACUUUCGCUAACGUACUCAAUAACAUCGCGAAGAACUCGCCGUAUUUUUUUAAAACAAAAAAACAGUUUGCAUCUUAUUGUCAUUAUAUUGAACGCCCCUCAUACAUUCAUUAUGACAGGUAAGAGCGGCCUAAGACUGAGUGAGAACGAAUUUUUCGUGGUUUGUAUUUUUAUGACGUGUUAUCACCCUCCUGUGAAGUAUGUUACUUAGUCAAAUAAUGGCGUAACAACUUAUGUUCAAUAUCAUAAGGAAUGUAUCUACACAUACCUGUCUUGAUGUCAUUGGGGUUGGUUUACUAGAUCCUAAGUCUAGCAAAAAAUCUAGAUCAAAACCCGUUUUACGACGAGUAUCAAAAAAAUACAAAAUAGUUUAUUUGCUAUCUAGUAGAAUUUAAACAAUAUUGAUUUAAAUAGUAUGACACGGCAUAAUCUUCUUUUCACUUGUAUCUUGCGGAAUCAUCAUAUUUUGUCUACAAAAAUAUUCUUGUUCUUAUUGCUAUUCAACGCAACACGUGCAUCACACGUAACUAAACACACUGAUUAUUUUGUUGACUCAUCAUAAAUAAACCCUAGCUCAUCUAAAUGGAACCCUCAAAUUUUACGUACCUAAUAUCGCUUUCUAUUAAUCUUAUGAAAUGCUUUAACGAGACUGAAGUAAAGCAUACGUUUAAGUGAUGAUACGCGCACUCGACUUACAAUAGUAACGUGCACUUUUCAUUCUAAUUGGAUAAUUAUAAAAUUGUAAAAAGUUUGUUAAAUAAAAAUAUAAAAUAA